UACUAAAUUAAUACUCUUUCCUUAUCCAAGACAAACAAAAAUCAGAAGAAAAAAAGAAGUUCAAAGCUCUCUCUCUCUCUCUCUCUCACGACUCAGUACUCAGUAGUGAAGCGUUUCAAAAAUCACACACAGUCACGCACUGGCUUUCUGACUCGAGCACAAGCAAACGGUGACAUUUUGUCGCAUUUUUUGAGUGAAAGAUGCCAGAAAUUCAGUUGGGUGCUCAAACAAUUCGAACCCAUGGAGCUCAAGUAGCUAGGUUUCACAUGCGUGAUUGGCUUAUUCUUUUGCUGCUGGUGGCAAUAGAGAUAGGGUUAAAUGUGAUAGAGCCAUUCCACCGUUUUGUUGGUGCCGAUAUGAUGACGGAUCUCAAAUACCCAUUGAAAGAUAAUACUAUCCCUCUCUGGGCUGUCCCGAUCAUUGCAAUCAUAAUGCCUCUUAUUGUGAUCAUUGUAUUUUAUUUCAUUAGAAAGAAUGUCUAUGAUCUGCACCAAGGUGUUUUGGGUCUUUUGUUUUCUGUUCUGAUCACAGCAGUUAUAAGUGAUGCCAUAAAAGAUGCUGUUGGGCGGCCUCGUCCUGAUUUCUUUUGGCGAUGUUUCCCUGAUGGAAAAGGGGUGUUUCAUCCUAUCACAGGCGAUGUCCGAUGCACUGGACUCAAGAGUGUCAUUAAAGAAGGGCACAAAAGUUUCCCCAGUGGUCACACUUCUUGGUCCUUUGCUGGUCUUGGUUUCCUGGCAUUGUAUUUGUCAGGGAAACUUAGAGCAUUUGAUCGACAGGGCCAUAUCGCGAAGCUCUGCAUCGUUUUCCUGCCAUUACUUCUUGCAGCAUUAGUCGGAGUUUCUCGAGUUGAUGAUUAUUGGCACCAUUGGCAGGAUGUAUUUGCUGGAGGUCUUUUAGGAAUUACAGUUGCUUCGUUCUGUUACCUGCAAUUUUUUCCACCACCAUAUGAUAUAGAUGGUUGGGGACCUCACGCAUAUUUCCAGAUGUUGUCCGAGUCACGAAACGGUGGUCAGUCUGAAUCAAAUGCCAUGAACAGUCUUACCGUGCGACAAGCUGAAAGUGGGACGGUAUACAGUCGACCCGACCAAGCAGUGGAAACAUCGGAAGUCAUUACCCAGGUUACAAGCUCAAUCCUGGAUGACUUGGAGCGGGGGAGAAGAUACUGAAUUUAGGUUAGAUGGUAGAUGUAAGAUGCUAAUGAUCCUGAAAACAAAAGAAAAAAAGACUAAAAAAAGCCAAGAGUGUAGAAGUGUAGAGUCACAACAGAUACAGUCAUACAGAUAGAUAUGUCUGGAAGCGAUACAAUGAAUCAGGUUCCUUAUUUUCUUCGUUAGAGCACUAGCAAUGUUUGACUUUGUCUGCUGUGUGAUUAUUACCAAUGCUCGGCUUUGGCUUAGAAUUAGUUUGAUGAUAGAUGCUUUUGAUGAAUAUCAACAUCAAUUGAUGAUGUAGAUGGUCGUAGAGUUCUUCGGGACAAUGCCUUUGAAUUUGGGUACUUCAAUGGAGAAAGAAGCCUCUUUCAUAUA